CUUGCGACUCGUAUGCUGGUGGUAAAAUCCCUUAUUAAUACAUUUUUAUUUCCCGAAACGAGGAUACUCGGCCUGACACUACAGUAUACCUCUUGUUUAGUUCUUUAGCCUGUAGUCCAGCCAAGACCAUGGGAAAGAAGAGUCGGUCGAAGAAGUCCGGGUCUGGAGCGAGUGCUUUGGCUUCUCCCAAAGAGAUGAUGAACUUAGUUUCUGAACUGCUGCAAAAGUGCAGCGGUGAAGCUCCGUCUGCCAGUGAAGAAUGGGAGGAAUAUGUCCAAAUCAGAAGCUUAGUGGAGAAGAUCCGCAAGAAACAGAAGGGUAUGUCAGUAGUGUUUGAGUGUUCCAGAAACAACCAUUUCCAGGAUCUGGUGUCCUGGGCAAAGGAGAACGGGGUAUCUUGUGAGGGUUUUAGAAUUGCCAACUUUGGAGAAGAAGGAUAUGGCCUCCAAGCCACAAGAGACAUUAAGGCAGAAGAACUGUUCCUGUGUAUUCCUCGGAAGAUGCUGAUGACGGUGGAAUCGGCACAGAAUUCUAUUCUCGGACCUCUGCUUCGCCAGGAUCGGAUCCUAAAAGCGAUGGGAAACGUUUCCCUGGCGCUCCACCUGCUUUGCGAGCGGGCCAAUUCUGCAUCGCCGUGGCAGCCGUACAUCCGCAGUCUUCCUCAGGAUUACAGUACUCCGCUGUACUACCAGCAGGACGAGGUGCACCUGCUUCUGGGCACGCAGGCCAUUCAGGAUGUCCUCAGUCAGUUCAAAAACACGGCGCGCCAGUACGCCUACUUCUACAGACUUUUACAGACUCAUCCUGCUGCCAGUGUUCUACCCUUGAAAGACAGCUUCACGUUCGAUGACUACAGGUGGGCGGUGUCUUCUGUCAUGACCCGUCAGAACCAGAUCCCGACUGAGGACGGCAGCCGAAUCACACAGGCCCUCAUUCCUCUUUGGGACAUGUGCAACCACAUCAAUGGACUGAUCACCACAGGUUACAACUUGGAGGAUGACCGCUGUGAAUGUGUGGCACUGCGAGAUUACAAGGAGAACGAACAGAUUUACAUCUUUUACGGCACAAGAUCCAAUGCCGAAUUUGUGGUCCAUAAUGGCUUCUUCUUCCACGACAACGUCCACGACCGGGUGAAGAUCAAGCUGGGCAUCAGUAAAAGCGAGAGACUCUACGCCAUGAAGGCAGAGGUGCUGGCCCGUGCUGGUCUACCAGUAUCUCACGUCUUUGCUCUGCACGCCAAAGAAUUCCCCGUUUCGCCCCAGUUACUAGCUUUUCUAAGAGUCUUCUGCAUGACGGAGGAGGAACUAAAAGACUACCUCGUUGGAGAGUCCGUCAAUAAGGUCUUGAACCUGGGCAAUAGUGAACACCCAGUUAGCUGGGACAAUGAAAUCAAAUUGUGGACUUUUCUGGAAGCCAGAGUCACGCUGCUGCUCAGGAGUUAUAAAACUACCGCCGAGGAGGACGCGGUCAUGCUGCAGCAAACUGGUCUAACGCCUCACGCUCGUACGGCGAUCCAGCUCCGCCUUGCGGAAAAGCAGAUCCUGCUGAAAUCGCUCAUCAACGGACAAGCCAAACUGGAGGACUUGGUCAAAAAAAUGGCCGACGGCAAACCUUUGCCUUGCUGUGACAACGGCGACAUUACUAAUACUCACGUUGACGCAAAGCUUCCAGUUAUGCUGCAUCAGGUGGAGACGUUUGAGCAGGAGAACCACAGCGAUCCUCUGAAUGGAGGUCAGAUUAUGCUGGAGGCUAUUCAAGCUCCGGCGCAGUAACAGAAUACAUUUACAUCUCCUGUAUCUAUAGAUAUCAUUUCAUUGGAUUCUAAAAUGUUUCUAUUUCCUAUUAAAGGUGUAAAUAUUUA